GACGCAGAGAGAUUUUAAAACAUUGUCCUUCUCAGUAAUGGCGGCUACGUUCCCUUCGCCUUCGCUAAAUAACAAUAAAUGGUACUUCACGCGCGAACAAAUCGAAAACAGCCCAUCUCGCCGAGCGGGACUUGAUCCCGACAAAGAGCUCUCGUACCGACAGCAAGCUGCUAACCUCCUGCAGGACAUGGGACAGCGGCUCAACGUGUCACAACUUACAAUUAACACUGCCAUUGUGUAUAUGCAUCGGUUCUACAUGAUCCAGUCCUUCACCCGCUUCCACCGAAAUGUGAUUGCUCCUGCAGCUCUCUUUUUAGCUGCGAAGGUGGAAGAACAGCCUCGCAAGCUGGAGCAUGUGAUUAAGGUGACCCAUGCGUGUCUCAAUCCUCAGGACCCGUCUCCAGACACCAGGAGUGAUACAUACCUGCAACAAGCCCAAGACCUGGUCAUUCUUGAGAGCAUUAUACUCCAGACCCUGGCUUUUGAGAUCACCAUUGAUCAUCCUCAUACACAUGUUGUCAAGUGUACACAGCUUGUGCGAGGUGAGAACCAGCUGCUCACUGUAAACUGUCCUUCGUAUUGCUCGGUAAUGAGUACUUCUAGCCCACCAAGCUCACAGAUUUCACAUCUGAUCACGAGCUUUCCUUUUGUUCCAGCGAGUAAGGAUUUGGCUCAAACCUCAUAUUUCAUGGCAACAAACAGUCUCCACUUGACUACAUUCUGCCUACAGUACAGUCCGCCCAUUGUAGCUUGCGUUUGUAUUCAUUUGGCCUGUAAAUGGUCCAACUGGGAGAUUCCGGUUUCCACAGACGGCAAACACUGGUGGGAGUAUGUCGACCCCACAGUGACCCUUGAGCUGUUGGAUGAGCUCACUCAUGAGUUCCUGCAGAUCUUGGAGAAGACACCCAGCCGCUUAAAACGCAUAAGAAACUGGAAAGCUGCAGGUCAAACUGCCAAGAAAUCAAAGGUGCAAGAUGGUGAUCAGUCAGAAGCCAUUAUGAACAUGAUCUCCAUGGCAUCAUCUGACACCACGUUGGCGGGACUGAUGAGCCUCUCCGCCCCUCCCUCCGGUUCUUCCAUAGACUCCUCAGCAGAUGAUCCCAGCGCUGCAGCCUCAUCCCAACACUGGCAGCCUUCCGGCAAGGAGCAGCCCACUGUUAACGAACUCCACGCGCCUGCUAAGGUCUCUCUGAGUGAAUAUCGGGCCAAGCACGCGGAUGAACUGGCGGCGCAGAAGCGGAAGUUGGAGAACAUGGAGGCAAGUGUGAAACAGGGAUACGCCACUGCCGCACAGGCCCUCAUGAACCAGCAGAGGAAAGAUAAGCACCAUCACCACCAGCAGCCCAGCUCUAGUUCCUCAGACCUGAGCAACCCCUCACCUAUCGUCCUGAAGAUCCCUCUGGAUGAGCGAGAACGCAGUUCCACAAAGACACGCUUCCCCGUGCGGGGCCAAUCAGACGGCGGUGGGCACAGCAGCGGGGGGCACAGCAGCAGUAGCAGCAGUCGUGGAUCCGAGCAGGACAUUAAAGUGCGGAUUCGGGUUCCAGAAAGGCGAAGUGGGUCCGGAGAAGACGGGAAAAGUCGCGAGAAGCACAGAGAUCGGUCCAACCACCACCACCAUCAUCACCAUCACCACCACCACUCCUCCUCUUCCACCACCGGCUCUUUAUCUGCAUCGUCUUCCUCAUCCUCAGCACAAAAACACUUAAGUUCUGCCAGCACCUCAGGUAGUAGCAAAAAGGUCCCUGGUGACAGCGUGCGAACAAGCUCUUCGUCAUCGUCGUCUCGAAAAAGGACCCACUUGCCAGAUCCUUCCGCCGGCACCCACCCCUCGAAAGUCAUCAAAUCGUCCAGAAACUCAUUUCAGUUGCCGGCGCUUUCCGGAGUGCCCUCCCACGCGAUGGGGCACGGGCCUGACAUCCUGAGCCUCUCGCACCAUCAGGGAAACUAUUCGCACUCCAAGGCGGACAAAGCCGACACGAACGGCCACAAUACGGGCGGCCAGUCCAACGAGUAUCAGGACACGUUUGACAUGUUGAACUCGCUGCUCAGCGCGCAAGGGGUGCAGCCGGCGCAACCUCAGAUAUUUGACUAUCGCUCUCAGUACGGAGAGUACCGGUAUAGCAGUAGCGCUCGCGGAGGAACCCAGCCGCCACCUUUACCCUCAGAACCACCCCCACCUCUGCCACCCUUGCCCAAAUAAACCCUUUCAUCCCCCUCCCCACCAUUCGUCCGUCCACACACACUGAUCAGAUCAGUCGUCUUUGGGAGUCCGGGAUUCCUCUAACUUUCUGUGAUGUUGAGUUUGACAGCAGAGUAAUGUAAGGCAAAAAAUGUACCUGUAUCGUUUUGUGCGAGCGAGUGUGUUCACAACACCCAUCUGUGGCAAUAAUGUUAAAAUAGAACAAAAUAUUGCAAAAAAAGGCAAAAAAUGUUAUUUAUUGAAAAAAAAUUGUACAUACUAUUUUUGAUGUCACUCAGUUUUAUAUCAGCGCUAACAGAAAAACAUAAUGGAAUUAAGGGUAUGUAUUACAGAAUGAGAGGGACCCGUUGUCCUCUUUAAAAAGUGUAACCUUGAAUGCAAAAAGGAAAUUGUUUUUGGUUUAUGUAUGGAUUUAAGUCUUGCUAACGAUAUAUGUGUCUUUUUUAUUGAUUAUGGUAUUUAUUAUUAGCCUUUUAAAACCAUAGUUAUUAGCAGUCGUUGCUUGAAUGCAUCAGGUGAUCUCUGGAUUUUAUUUUUAUACUGUUGUAACCUGCUUCCCAGUCUGUAUUUACUUGAUUGAUACGUCUUGUAUGUUUUGAGAAUGAACAUACGAAUCCCCAAUAUUUGCAUCACAAUGUAUGUUUAGUAUCUGAAGUAACAUUUUGAUUUUGUUUGCUAAGUAUUUGUGGUCUUUUUUGUUUGUUUGUAACUUUUAAGCUUUGCAUUCUGUAAAUGAAUGAAAAUUGACAAAUUAUUUUUACAAAUUUUUUUUUUUCCCAAAAACAAGGAUAUGCCUAAUUUGGGAAAGUAUGUCUGGUAAACCUACAAUUCAGAGGCAGAUGCAGUCAUUGUUUUAAAUGGUUGUAGAAUAUCGUGCUCAUUUAUAAUACACUAUACACAACAGUAUGUCCAGCUUGUACUUGUUUCAUCUUUUACAUCUGUUUGUUAAUAACUCAAACCCAAGUGGUGUUAGAUGCAGGCUAUUUGUCAUACUAUGAUGUAACUGACUUCCAGUGAAUGAGUAAAUAUGAAUCUGUGAUGGACAAAAGUACAAUCUGAUAAAAACAAAUAUCUUUCCACUAAUUUUCAGUUGAACUAAUGUUUUUUUAUGCUUCUUUUGUUGAAACAAUGAUAGUGAAAUUCAUUCUGUCUACAUUUAUGAAUGAGUCUCAUUGAACUGGUGGUACUUUUGUCCAUCAUAGUUUUCUAUCAUCAUUUACUCAGCCAAAACUAUGAUUUUCUUCUGUAGAACACAAAAGAAGAUAUUUUGUCUGUAUAAAGUCAAUAGGGUCCACUGUUUUACUGUUUUAUCCCCAACAUUUUUCUAUCUCUUUGAAUAUGUCGUCCAUUUUAUGGUCUGUUGGGUUUAUAUUUAUAUCUGUCUCAGUUUAAACACUCAAAUCAGCACUUAUAGAUUGAAUGGCGAGCAUGCUGACGGCUCAUGUUUAUUUGUUGCAAUACCUCCAUUUUUGUUUAACAUUAAGGUGCUUUGACGCCAUGUUGUAAUUACCGUAAUUACGAGAUUUCAGCUCAAAUUUACAGCUUAGAUGGGAAUUUUCUGAGAGCUCUUACUUGUACCACGUGACUGCUGUACCAACUUUUGCCAUAGACAUGCACAAUUCCCAGUCCAGCUCUGAAUGGAAGGUCACGUGUUUUCAUUUCGAGACUACGGUAAUUACGUCACGGCGUGAAAGCUGCAUUAUAACCGCAUCAAGGUCAUUUUGGUGUUUUCGAGUGAUAAGCCAUCCAAUUCUGAUUCAUGAAAUCUUGCAUGAAUGAUUCAGUGCACAUUAAAACUGAUGUUUUGAGCCAAUUGUUUUGUACCUUUAACAAUAUUGUCCCCAUAUUCAUAUCUUGCUUGAUUAUGUUUUUGUAUGCAGUUAAUAGCACAAUAAUGCAGAUUACUAUAUGGAUCAGUCUCUGUAACUUUCCUCCUCUGAUUAAAUGGCAUGACUUUCAUUGAUCAAUUUACAGACAAAAAAAAAAUGGAAGCAUGAAAUUGAGUUUCUACUGUCAGAGUCAAUUUUACCUUAAUAAAUGUUGCGUUCUUUUCUUAAGAUGUUAGCAGGGAUUCCUCCAUACUUUCCUGAUUGUGCCUGUUGAUCAUGAGGAACAUUUCAGGAAUAUUGUGAAAUGAAAUGUAACACUAUAAGCUAUAAAAGAUCUGUCACAGUUUUGGCAUAUAUUCCUCAUAUGAUGCACUCCUCAUGUCCUGUCCCUGUUUUAUCAUUUCUAAGUAGAAGGUUUAACAUGUUUUAGUUUUGUGUUUGCCGGUGUCUAGUCUGCUUCAAUAAGACUAAAGAGAAGGCGUUUUGUGGGUCUAAUGCAAUUCAUGUCACCACUGUAUUUUCUAUGUACCUCCAUUUUCAAGAAUAUAGCGUUUUAUCAAAUGUAUAUACUGUUUUCUGUGUUUUAGUGGUACCACAUGAACUCUCAGGUUUUGAAUUGAAUUGUUGGGGUGUUUCUUGUCAGAAGUUAAGGUUUGCAUUUUUGUGAACUCGGUUCCUUUUUAUAAAUGUGGUUGAUGUACAAUAAUGUUUUAUGAGAAACAUA